UCUCUGCUAUACGACAGUACCUGCGAUUGACCAAUGAAAUCUCGAUUUAAAUAGCCGUACAUAAGAGGAAGGGAGAUAGGAGGUCUACAUGUCAGUCACAUCUUCGAUAGCCUGUGAGAAUUACGAAGCGAGGUUAAAUCGGAGUGUAGGUGUAAACCAUGUCAAUUUAUCUGUGACAAGUGCCACAAAGAGACUUGAUGGGCGAAACGUAACAUGACAAGAGCACGUAAAACGUGUUGCCGCUAAUAAUAAAACACUUUCGUGCGAUUGACGAUCCUUCACGAUGACUGAUAACUUAGCAAAAGUCUUCACAGCCGAGGACUUCAACCCGGAAAAGUUUGUGAAAGAACUCAGUGCACAAUGUGUCGGUGCAGACGAGCUGAGGCAACAACGUGCCAAAAUUCAAGAACUUGCGAACAACACAUCUGCUCAGUUGAAGCGAAAUGUUUACCAAAACUAUAUGCAGUUUAUCGAAACUGCCAAGGAGAUCUCACAUCUGGAGAGCGAGAUGUAUCAACUGUCUCAGCUGUUGAGUGAACAACGUGCCUUGCUGAGUACACUGGGGUCCACUAGAACAGCUGGUGUUGUUUUUGAGGAUCUGUCAGAGUCGCAACAAGAUAACUCAAAUGAUACUGUGUCCAAGGAGGAAGAACAGAAACAGAAGCUGGUUCAAUUAAUUGAGAAUGUAGAAGGCGCUCUGAGCUUAGCUGAGACUCCAGGACGCGUGUGUCUACACGAAGGCUCUCUGCUUGAGUUAGAUCCACUCGAAGGAACACCACUAAAGAGAAUUCAUGCCUACUUGUUCAACGAUGUUCUGAUGAUUGCAUCUUGGCUGGCAAAUGGUAGCAAACGUGGUCCACCUAGAUACAAAAUGCAAGCUGUUUAUAACCUCGAGAGUUUAGCAAUCGUCAAUGUGAGAGAUCAUGGCACUGUGAAGCUAGCAUUCAAACUUCUGGCAUUUUCUGACACGAGAGUGUUUCAGUGUGCUACAGCGACAAGUAAAAAAGAGUGGUUGGAUAAGUGCGAGCAGGUGAAGAGAGCAAAAUUAGCUGGGGAAAAUCCGACCGAUGUUCCAGACGAAAGUAAGCACGUGAAGGACGAGAAAGUGGUGCCAUCUCGUUCGAUGUCUUUGGAUUCGAAUACACUAGGCAUUGACGACGACGACGACUCAGAGUAUCACGAACCACCACCAGAGUGGGUGCUGGAAGUAGCUGAAGAUUUGGAUUCUUGUAUAGCGCAGCGUCACUUCGAGGAGGCUUACAGCUUAUUAGAGAAGGCAAAGACCUACUUGAAAGACACUCAAUCAACACCGUUGCUGACGGAAAUCCAGACGAAGGUGAACGAGAGGGGUCGUUCGCUAGUCAACGUGCUCACUAAGGAACUGGAAUCUAGCGCGGAAGCCAAGUCAUUGCAAGGCGGCGGUUUAAGAAGCGCGCGACGCGCGGUUAAGCUGCUAAUACAGUUGAACAGAAGCGCACAAGCGUGCCAUUUAUACCUGCGACUGUGCAGCGCGGUGUUGAGGGCGCGAUUGAAAAGGAUCAAGAGGGAAGGCACGACCGUGGCAUAUGUAAAGCAACUCAGCGCGAUCGCCUUUAGCAAUAUAGUAGAAAUAGCGAGAGAGUUCCUGAAGACCUUUCCCCAAUCAACGAAUUGCACUUCCGGUUUAGUUCUAUGGUGCAGUCAAGAAGUGAAGCACUUAACGUCGCACUUAGCCAAGCAACUUUUCCUGCCGCAAGUUACGCUGAGUACAUUGGUGGAGUGUAUCGUCACUGUUCGAAGUCACUGCGAUCAGUUAACUCAGCUCGGCAUGGAUUUUCGUUACCAGUUGGAUGGCCAACUUAGGUCUCCAUUAGCCAAAGCUAUCCAAGACGCGGGGGAGAACUGUGUCGGCACGGUGAAGCUUCACGUGGCGGAAGACACUUGGCGACCAACGAAUCUGGAAACUAGUCAAAAUCUCCAAAAGUUUUUAUCAGAACUGGAAGAUCUCGGUAUCGGUAUACCGCCCUCGUAUUCGACGAACGACUGUUGGAUACCAUUGACUCACAAUACAUUAAGCUUCUCCAAGGUCUACAUCAGCCUCUUAGAAGACUGCCUCAGCGUAGCAACGCCUGAGCUCAUGUCCGCGAUAGAUAAUGUACUUGUAUCCGUGAUGCGAAUCGAAGUUCAACAUUUGAUUGUCUCGCUUACGGAUCCGAAAUUAAAGCAAGAGCGAAAAUUAGUACAAAAUAAUGCAGCGUACGUGCGAGACAUUAUUAUCGCCCGGGGCCUGGAAUUAUACAAAUCUACGACAAAUCAGAAAUUUACAAAACUCCUUGCUCUGAAAGAGCAGAUUGUAUUCGAAUCUCCGUCGCCGACGAAGCCAAGGCCCGCUCCGAGAACUUCAGUUCCUAAAUAUUCUACCACGGAAUAUCUUUAA